CCAAUGAACAUCUCAAUGUUUGUCCAAUUCUUCGGCGUGAUUCAUCAAUUGUCUCAAAACUUCGCAAUCAUUUGUGCAAAUUUAUGUCACUUCCGAACCUAAUCCCAGCAUGAUAAACCCACAGCUGAACAUGGUUGGCCUCCUACAAUCCAUGUGGCUUUUGGGAGAGGGAUCGCCUGUGCAAGAUCAGAUCGCAGAUGUCCAGCAGCCAUCUACCGACAAUCUGAAACACGCGGGCCUUGUAAUUAUGCAACUAGGUAAUAUGUCUCACCAGGACAUGGGCAUAUUACAGAUAAGAGGGGAGAGGCAAGUAGACGUGGCUCUCGGACAAACACACAGCAGUACGCGUCAUUGACAGCCCGAGGCAAAACACGUCUCGAAUACAAGUAUCUGGGUCGAAAUUAAAGUAUGACAGACUAUGGACUAUAUAGAUAUUCUA